AACCACUGGCUCGGCUGAAAAGGCUCUAUUGUCGUAAAAACCUCUAAAAACCCAAAAAAACCCAAUGAACCUCAUCGCCCGAGCGCCGCUUCUCCACCUCCCCUCCAUCGCUCCCUCGCCGCGCCGCCUUCUUCUGCUGCUGAGGCCGCGUUGCCCUUGUCGCUACUCUGCUGCCGCUCAGCCGCUUGUCAGGGCCUUCUCCGCCGGCCACGCCGUCGCGGAGGAAGCAUCAGCCCCCGAUGGCGUCCCCUUCUUCGCCGAGGAGGGUAUCUCUUGGAAGUCGUUGGGGAUCUCCGAUCACCUUUGCGGAGCUCUUUCUAAAGCCUCCCUUCACCGCCCUUCCCAAGUUCAGGCUUCUUGUAUACCUCAUAUCCUUAUGGGGAAGGAUGUGAUUGUUGCCGCAGAGACUGGUAGUGGUAAAACACAUGGCUAUCUGGUGCCACUGAUUGACAGAUUUUAUACCAAGUCCCCUCCUUGUGAUGAAGCAAAUAGUGCUGAAGACGUUCCUGAAAAACAGAAAAUGUCUCUGGUUCUUUGCCCAAAUGUGAUGCUAUGUGAACAAGUGGUUCAAAUGGCGAACCUUCUAUUUAGUCAUUCGGGUGGGCCACCACUGAGAGUUGCUGCUGUGUGUGGUCGGCAGGGAUGGCCAGUUGCACAACCACAUAUACUAGUCUCCACUCCAGCAGCUCUUUUGAACUGCAUGUAUGCAUUUGACCCUGAAAAGAAGCGUCGGUCUGAAUUCUUGCGAGAUGUAACAUGUGUGGUGUUUGAUGAAGCUGAUAUGCUUCUUUGUGGAAGUUUCCAAAAUCAAAUUAUCCAUCUAAUAAACAUGUUUCGCUUUGAUGAAAAGCAACUAUCCAGGAUGGAAAGUUCUGCUGGGCCUAGUAGUAUGCAGGUCAAUGAGGAAACUGAAACUAACUUUGGUGUUGAAGAUGAUAUUAAUGGCAUCAAUUAUGAAGAAGUAGAAGGUGACGAGGUGGAACCUGAAGUUAUUAGAAAUGAACAUGGUAUAGUUGAGACUAGUUCUGUAAAGGACUGGAGGAGAGUUAGGAAAGUUUAUACUCAUAGUAAGCAAUACAUUUUUGUUGCUGCAACACUUCCUGUAAGUGGCAAGAAAACUGCAGGUGGAGUGUUGAAACGAAUGUUUCCUGAUGCCAUUUGGGUCAGUGGGAAUUAUCUCCACUGCUACAAUCCUAGAUUGAAGCAGAGAUGGGUAGAAGUUACAGCAGACACCCAGGUAGAUGCUCUUCUAGAUGCUGUAAAAUCAACUUCUAAUUACAGUCAUGGAGAUAACGAUGCUGCUGCAUAUCGUACUAUGGUGUUCACAAAUACUGUUGAUUCUGUUGAAUCGGUUGCUAAAAUAUUACAAAGAGUUGGUAUCACAUGCAUUCCUUAUCAUAGUGAAAGCUCUCUAGAUGAGAGGAUGGGGAACUUGACUGAGUUUCGAGAGAAGGGUGGCAUACUUGUUUGCACAGAUGCUGCUGCACGUGGUCUUGACAUACCUAAUGUUGCACAUGUUAUUCAGGCGGAAUUUGCAACAUCUGCUGUAGACUUUUUGCAUAGGAUUGGCCGGACAGCAAGAGCUGGUAAAUCUGGAAUGAUUACUAGCUUGCACACACAAUCAAAUCGAGAUCUUGUAUCUGCUGUGCGUGCUGCUGGGAGAGCGGGUCAGCCUGUGGAGAAAGCAUUUAGCAGGAAAAGAAGCUUUCGGAAUAAGCUUAAGAAAAAAGGGCGCAAUGCAGCUGUAGGUACAGAGAGUAUUUUAGCUUAAGAAUGUGGGAGUUCAAUUCAAGCACUUAUUUACGUUGAUCAUUACAUAGUCUUACAGUUUGCAGUCUGUAUAUACUUAUGAAUAUAUUUUUAUUCCAAUUUUGUAAGAAUGUUUUAUUUGAGUUCAUCAUACCUGGACUUAAUUAAUAUUAA